AGUGCCAAGGAAACACAAACAUUUCCACUUGCCCUCGUGCUCUCUCAUUUAACCUCAUCAUCAUCUCUCUCUCUAGAGGCGAAAUAAGGAUUCAAACUCCAUAAAAUUAGUCAUGGGUUUCUUUCCUUUUUCUUCCUCUUUUCUUCAUCCUCAACUUCAUCAUGUUGUUGCCAAGAUGUCUUUCUUUGAUUCUCUCUUGUUCUAUAUUGUACACUUUGUAGACAAGCUAGGGUUAUGGCACAGGUUUCCUGUGUUCUUGGGACUGGCUUACUUGGGAAUAAGAAGACACUUACAUCAACGAUACAAUCUCUUACAUGUCGGACAAACCAACGGUCAGAAAUACGACACCGACGAGUUCUGUUAUCGUACGGCCGACGGAAAAUGCAAUCAUCCGGACAACGACACCGUCGGAAGCCACGGCACCCUCUUCGGCCGGAAUAUGCCUCCCUCCACUUCACAAUUCGGUAUAUUGGAUCCACACCCAAGUGUGGUGGCCACCAAGCUAUUGACGAGGAGAAAGUUCAUAGACAAUGGGAAACAAUUCAACAUGAUCGCUUGCUCAUGGAUCCAAUUCAUGAUCCACGAUUGGGUUGAUCACUUAGAAGACACCCAUCAGAUAGAACUUGAAGCCCCUAAAGAGGUUGCAAGUGGGUGUCCAUUGAAGUCAUUUAAGUUCUUCGGUACGAAGAAAGUCCCCACUGGUGAUCCCAACGACAAAUCCGGCUCCCUCAACACCAGAACUCCCUGGUGGGACGGGAGUGUAAUUUAUGGAAACAACGAGGCCGGAAUGAGAAGAGUUCGGGUUUUCAGGGGCGGGAAGCUAAAACUAGCGGAAGAUGGCCUCUUGGACCACGACGAGAGAGGGAUUCCGAUCUCGGGCGACGUUAGGAAUAGCUGGGCGGGUUUCUCAGUCUUGCAAUCUCUCUUCAUCAGAGAACAUAACGCAGUUUGUGAUAUGCUCAAAGAGCGCCAUCCAGAGUUUGACGAUGAGAAGCUGUAUCGAACAGCGAGGCUAGUCACGUCUGCUGUAAUUGCAAAAGUUCACACAAUUGACUGGACAGUCGAAUUACUGAAGACGGACACACUUCUUGCGGGGAUGAGGAUCAAUUGGUACGGUUUUCUCGGCAAGAAAGUGAAGGACUUGCUCGGGCCGAGGUUUGGUCCUGUACUCAGCGUUGUUGGUCUCAAGAAGCCAAAAGAUCAUGGAGUUCCAUAUUCGCUGACCGAAGAAUUCGUCAGCGUAUACCGAAUGCAUUCCCUUUUGCCAGACACAUUUAUCCUCCGAGAUAUCAGAUCACAUAGAAUAGAAAAGGAGAAUCCUCCAAUAGAGCUAGAGGUUCCGAUGACGGAUUUGAUCGGGAAGGAAGGAGGAAAAAGGCUAUCGGAUAUCGGGUUUGAGCAGAUGCUUGUAUCCAUGGGACACCAAACAUGUGGAGCACUCACCUUGUGGAACUAUCCUACUUGGAUGAGGAACCUUGUGGCCCAAGACAUUGAUGGAGAAGACAGGCCUGACAAUAUCGAUAUGGCUGCCUUGGAGAUAUACAGAGAUCGAGAGAGAGGAGUUCCGAGGUACAAUGAGUUCAGGAGGAAUUUGCUUAUGAAUCCGAUAUCGAAAUGGGAGGACCUGACAGAUGAUGAGGAAUCGGUCGACGCUUUGAGGGAAGUGUAUGGUGAUGACCUAGAAAAGCUCGAUUUGCUGGUGGGUUUGCACGCCGAGAAGAAGAUCAAAGGCUUCGCCAUUAGCGAAACCGCUUUCUUCAUCUUUCUCCUCAUUGCAUCAAGGAGACUAGAGGCAGAUCGUUUUUUCACCACGAAUUUCGACGAGAAGACGUACACAAAGGAAGGGCUGGAGUGGGUGAACAGUACGGAGACGUUAAAGGACGUAAUAGAUCGACACUUCCGAGGUCUGACGGACAAAUGGAUGAGAUGCUCGAGCGCUUUCUCGGUCUGGGGCUCCGAUCCCGACCAAACCCCUUGGCUUCCCUUGUACCUCCGACCGGCUCCUUAGAAGGACUCAACGGUUGCGUGUAUUACAAGAAAUGUGAAGGGUUACUUAAGUUCUGUUUUUUUUUUGUUUUGUUUUUGUUUCAGUAGUUAAUUACUUCGGAAAGUAAAAGGAGGGUUUUGUUUCUGAAACUUAUACAAUCAUGUAAAUAAAUAAUUAAGU